ACGAACCCUUCUGCUAAUAUCGUACUCUUUCCGCGGUAUACAUAUAGUCGUACGUUUGUGUGCAGGGGGACGAGAAGUUUGACCUCGUUAAGUUCGUUUUGCGUUCGACACCUGUUGAGUUAUACUGCUUCAUGAACGAUCGCGGCGGCGACGUGCACUUGUAACGGGCAAUGCCUCGAGACGGAACCAAAGGUAAACAUCAAUUUAAACGACGGUUCAGCCUACAGCCGUCGUCUUUCUUCCGCGAUGAUACGCUGUCAUCGAGUCAUUCGAUCGCCAGCGGCAGCGUCGAGGGCGGACAUCAUCACCACGACCAGCUGCAGCCGUCGCCGGACCCAGCCGAUGUGACGCGGCACAAGAUUGUGGUGAUGGGCGCGGCGCGGGUGGGCAAAUCGUCGCUAAUCACGCAGUUCCUGUACCGGAAGUUCUCGUCCAAGUACAAGCGCACCGUGGAGGAGAUGCACCACGGCCAGUUCACGGUGGAGGGCGUGAAGAUCGACCUGGACAUACUGGACACGUCCGGCGCGUACGAGUUCCCGGCCAUGCGGGCCCUGUCUAUAUCGUCGGCCGACGCGUUCGUGCUCGUCUACUCCGUCACCGACCCGGACUCGUUCCAGCAAGCGGCCGCUAUCAGGGAUCAGAUCGUCGAGACCAAGCACACGGCCGACGUGCCGAUCGUCGUGGUCGGCAACAAGCUCGACCUGGCCAAUGCGGACCGCAAGGUGCCGUACGAGGAGACGUCGUGUCUGGUGGAAGUGGACUGGGAGAACGGAUUCGUGGAGACGUCGGCCAAAGACAACAUAAACGUUAGCGAGGUGUUCAAAGAGCUAUUGAACCAGGCGAAGAUCAAGUACGAGCUAGGCCCGUCGUUGCGGCGAAACUCCGCGCGAAGACAGUCGUUGCCGUCCGGCGGCGGUUCAAGCCAAGGGUCGAUGGUGCCCACACCGGCUCAACUCGCGCACCUGCAGAAAAAAGCAAGCGGCAAGGACGAAAGUGGUGGUGGAGGUGGUAGCGGGGGCAGAUCGAAACGCAACUCGUGUUCGAUAUCAUAAAAAACAUUUAAAAAAAAUUUAAAAAAAUAAAUAAAUGGGAAAAGAACAUCAAGCAAAAAAUACUACUACUAUUACUACUACUACUACUACUACUACUACUACUACUACUACUACUACUACUACAACUACUACUACU